AUGCCCAAGAAAAGGCAGCACUUCAGAUCCUUCAAGCCCUCGCCCGCGGCCCCUUCGUCGGUGUCGGCCACGGCCGGCCGGCCCUCCAAGAGCGUCAACGAGCUACUCGCAAACCUGCGACUCGGCUCCUCGUCUGCGACGCCCAGCACCCCUCGCGAGCUUCCCGCGACCGCCCCCAGCGUCCCCCCGGCCAUCAGGGAGCUCCUGAGGCUUCCCGAGACCCCGCAACCCCUACCGCGGCGGCCCGUCAGGCAGCGCUUCGAUAGCCAUGGCCGUCGCCUUCCUGCCGGCCCGGCGCCUCCGCGCAGCUGGGUGUCGAGGACACGCGACGAGGCGCGGAUCGGUCGGGGCUCGUCGCAGCCCUUGAGCCGGCGCCUGGGCCAGACAACGCUGCCGGGCGCGCCGGCCCCGGACCCGGGGAGCCUCAUUGACGUCGUGCUGCGACGCCUGGCCGUUGACUGGGAGCUCCACCGCAUCUACAACCAGUACCACCUGUAUUUCCUGCCAAACCACCUCAAACCCGCCCUCAUUCGCUACGUCGGCGUCUUCGCCAGCCUCGGUGUCACGCUCGACGACCUUAAGGCAAUCCUGCUACCCCCAGUCGACGUGUACGACGACGGUGACUUCGACCGCGGCUCAAACGCCGAAGUCACCUGUCUCGACCUGACCCGCUCCAUCGGGCGCUCCAUCAGGCUGAAGGAGGUUUCCGACAUGCUAUUCCCGCCAGCUCCGGCCCUGCCCUCGGAUGAGCCUCUGGACUCAUGGGACUCUGAGAACCUGGUCCCGAGCUCUCCUCCGCGUGCAUUGCUGCCUAACCUGACCCAUCUGUCGCUGGCCCUUGAUCCCGAGGACCCCGGCGACGCAUCUUGGAAGCAGCUCCUGUCACUAUCUGCAAAACUAUCCACCGUCACUCACCUGAGCCUGGCCUUCUGGCCUGCGCCCUGCCUCACUCCUCAAUCGCGCUUCGCGUCCAUAGAAUCGCCACAGGGCGAGAGCAUUCCCGCCGGUGGCACCAGCUACUAUUCGCACACUCUUGAUGACGACUGGACCGAGGCGCUGCUGGUCCUCCGGAUGCUGAGCAAGAACCUCUACAAGCUCGAGUUCCUGGACCUGACGGGCUGCGCCUCCUGGUUCAAGGCGCUCGUGCUGCAGGAGGGCCACGACUUUGUCGACUGGGCGGGCUCCUGGGGCAAGGUGACGACGCUGCGGCUCUUUGCGGGAUGGAAGCCCGCCGAAGAUGACAUGCCGUCGCAGCAGCUCGCCUAUCGAGAAGCCCUGACUAUGGCCAGGAGAGUAGAGAAGCACAUUGUCGCUCAGCGAGCUGGAAAAGGACGAUUCAUUACAGUGGAACGCGAUAGUUCCGACUUAUAG